CUAACCCUAACUAUGAGUUAGAUUGCAAUUGCCAUUGCCAUUGCCAUUGCUGUUGUUUGUAGGAAAUGGCUACCAUGAAGUUGGGAUCCAAAGCUGAAGUCUUUAGACUAGAUGGCCAUUCAUGGAUGUGUACAAAUGAGCUUGAAAGUGAUGUGAUUGUAGAGAUUGGAGAGAUGUCCUUUCAUCUCCACAAGUUUCCGUUGCUGAACAAAAGUGGACUCCUGCAAAAGAUGAUCAGUGAAUUCCACAGUGAAGAAGGAAAAGGUUGUGUUUUGCAGCUGCAUGACAUCCCUGGUGGUGCAAAGGCAUUUGAGCUUGUUGCUAAGUUCUGCUAUGAUGUUAGGAUGGAGUUGAAUGCUUACAAUGUGGUCUAUCUGAGAUGUGCUGCAGAGCAUCUUAAAAUGAAUGAAGAAUAUGUAGGAGGGAAUCUCAUUGUGCAAACAGAGAAUUUCCUUGAUGAAGUGUUUGGAAGCUGGAAAGACUCUAUCAAAGCACUUGAGAAAUGUGAGGAUGUUCUCCCUUAUGCUGAGGACCUUCACAUUGUGAACAGAUGUAUCAAUUCACUGGCAAUGAAAGCUUGUGCUGAUCCAUCCCUCUUUAGUUGGCCAAUGGCCGGAAGGUGCUCGCUGAAAAGCCCAGGAGGCAUAGCUCUGUGGAAUGGAAUUUGUACUGAAGACAGACCUACAUCAGUAGGUGCAGAUUGGUGGUAUGAAGAUGUUUCUUUCCUAAGUUUACCUCUGUAUAAAAGACUCAUAUUGGCUAUGGAAUCGAAAGGAAUGAAUCCUGAAAACAUUGCUGGUUCUGUUAUGUUCUAUGCAAAGAGGUAUCUGCCAGGACUGAGUAGGAAUUCAAGUUUCCGUGAAAACAAUAACCGCAUUGCUCCCACCACUGCAGUUUCUGCACCAUCAGAGAGUGAUCAGAGGGAACUCCUUGAGGAAAUAGUAGCCUUGUUGCCAAUGAAGAAGGGUGUCACUUCUACAAAGUUUCUACUUGGCUUGCUUCGCACUGCAAUGAUCUUGCACGCAAGUCCUUCAAGCAGAGAGAAUUUGGAGAAAAGAAUAGGACUACAAUUGGAAGAUGCUGCGUUAGAGGACCUUUUGAUACCAAACUUGGGCUAUUCAGUGGAGACUCUGUAUGACACUGAUUGUGUUCAGAGAAUUCUUGAUCAUUUCAUGUCAACAGAGCAAUUAUCUGCUCCAACUUCUCCUGGAAUUCUCGAUGAAGGGCAGUUGAUGGGCAGCAAUCCUUCAGUGAAACCAAUGACCAUGGUUGCAAAGCUAAUCGAUGGCUACCUUGCAGAAGUUGCACCUGAUGUCACUUUGAAGCUUCCUAAGUUCCAGGCUCUUGCUGCUGUCAUUCCUGAUUAUUCGCGGCCUUUGGAUGAUGGCAUUUAUCGGGCAAUUGAUAUUUAUCUUAAGUCACACCCAUGGCUCACAGACUCUGAACGCGAGCAACUAUGUCGGUUAAUGAACUGCCAGAAGCUGUCACUGGAGGCAUGCACACAUGCAGCACAGAAUGAGAGGCUUCCUCUGAGAGUUGUUGUCCAAGUCCUGUUUUUCGAGCAACUUAGACUAAGAACAUCCAUUGCAAGUUGGUUCUUUGUCUCUGAAAACAUGGAGAAUCCUCAUGGUCCUCAUGGAAAUCUCAUGAUGCUACAGAAGAACACUGACGGUGAAAUAACUCAAGAAUUGCAGGAAGAUGACUUGAUUCUGAGCACUGAUCAAAUGAGACAGCGUGUUUCAGUGCUCGAAAAGGAAUGCUCAAGCAUGAAGCAAGAGAUUCAGAAGAUUGGCAAGCCUAAGAAUUCAUGGAGUCUUUUUUCUAAGAAGUUUGGUUUUGGAUCAAAAUCUCAACAACAGCAGUGAUUGCACGACCAUUUCUGUUGUAUAUCAUAGCCAUCUCAAUGAUCCAAUUGUUGAAUCUCUCUAACUAGUUUGUGAUUGCUUUUUCUCCAAGUGUUCAAUCAAACAAAUCGAAGGCCUGAAUGUCAAACUCUACUGAUUCAUUGUCAAACAAUGAGGUUGGAGAAAGGCCUGAAUCGUUAA